AUGAUGCUCGCUGUUUCCUGCUCGCUGGCCUUGUUGCAGUCCAACGAGUGAAUGCCAAAAGGAGAGCCAGAGGUAGAGGGUGGGAUUGAUUGACGUUCCAAGGAGGAGGCGGAGGAGGAGGAGGAGGGGGAGGGGGGAGGACUCUCGUCAGGCAGCGCAGGGCUCUCUCUCUUCUGUCACUAUUCCCUGCCCGGUGCUAUAGAAGAGCAAUGAGGAGGAAAUCUCGGAUCUUAUUGUGUUUCGCCUUCCUGUGGCUCCUGGGAAUCGCCUAUUACAUGUAUUCGGGGAGCUCUGUGAGCAGCAGAAAGGACGAUUGGAAUGAUAUUGGUUUGCUGAAAAAAAGAGAUCCACACAGCAUAAAUGAAGAAGAAAAAACGCAAAACUUGGAGACCCUUCCACCGGGAAAGGUACGGUGGCAGGACUUCGAUCAAGAUGCUUAUGUUGGAGUCACUGUAGUGCGACCUGGUCAGGAUGCUUAUGCACGGAACAAGUUUAAUCAAGUGGAAAGUGACAAAUUGCGCAUGGACAGAAAUGUUCCUGAUACACGACAUGACCAAUGCCGAAAAAAGCACUGGAAAACAGAUUUGCCAGCCACAAGUGUCGUCAUAACAUUUCACAAUGAGGCCAGGUCUGCCUUACUCCGCACUGUUGUCAGUGUAUUAAAAAAAAGUCCUCCUCACCUUAUAAAGGAAAUUAUACUAGUUGAUGAUUACAGUGACAGUGCUGAAGAUGGCGCUCUACUUGGGAGGAUAGAGAAAGUCCGGAUCCUUAGGAAUGACCGCAGAGAAGGUCUUAUGCGUUCUCGUGUUAAAGGAGCAGACGCAGCUCAGUCCAAGGUUCUCACCUUCCUUGAUAGCCACUGUGAGUGUAAUGAGCAUUGGUUGGAACCCCUCCUCGAAAGAGUUGACGAGGACAAGACUAGAGUUGUAUCCCCAAUAAUUGAUGUGAUUAAUAUGGACAACUUCCAGUAUGUUGGGGCAUCGGCAGAUUUAAAAGGAGGAUUUGAUUGGAACCUGGUUUUCAAGUGGGACUAUAUGACACCAGAACAAAGGCGAACAAGACAAGGAAAUCCAGUAGCCCCUAUUAAAACACCAAUGAUCGCUGGUGGGCUGUUUGUAAUGGACAAGUUAUACUUUGAAGAGCUGGGAAAGUAUGAUAUGAUGAUGGAUGUUUGGGGAGGUGAAAAUUUAGAGAUUUCGUUCCGGGUAUGGCAGUGUGGUGGAAGUCUGGAAAUAAUUCCUUGCAGCAGAGUGGGACAUGUAUUUCGCAAACAGCAUCCGUAUACAUUUCCAGGAGGAAGUGGAACUGUGUUUGCCAGGAAUACACGCAGGGCAGCAGAGGUUUGGAUGGAUGAAUACAAGAAUUUUUACUAUGCAGCUGUGCCCUCUGCUAGAAAUGUACCUUUUGGAAAUAUUCAGAGCCGCACAGAGCUGAAGAAAAAACUGGGCUGCAAACCUUUCAAGUGGUACUUGGAGAAUGUAUAUCCAGAGCUCAGAGUUCCUGACCAUCAGGACAUUGCAUUCGGAGCCUUACAACAAGGAACCAACUGUCUUGACACAUUGGGCCAUUUUGCAGAUGGAGUUGUGGGUGUCUAUGAAUGUCAUAAUGCAGGGGGUAACCAAGAAUGGGCUCUUACGAAAGACAAGUCGGUUAAACACAUGGAUCUUUGUCUUACUGUUGUGGACCGAGCACCAGGAUCUCUUAUAAAACUUCAAGGCUGCAGAGAAAACGACAGUAGACAAAAAUGGGAACAAAUCGAAAACAACGCCAAGCUGAGGCAUGUCGGAAGCAACUUUUGUCUAGACAGUCGAAAUGCCAAAAACGGUGGUCUAACAGUAGAAGCAUGCAGUCCUUCUUUAUCGCAGCAGUGGAAAUUUUCGCUUAACCUGCAACAGUAGGAAGUCUCAACAGCUAGGAAAAGUUGGGGAAAAUAAGCAUCAUUUCAUGGACAUUGAUUCCGAACGCAUUGCAGAUGUAUUUGUGAACGUUCUGCGGAAUUUAUAUACCUCAGUAUUCCAUCUUGACAUUGGAAUGUGGGAUGUAGGCUGGGAGAAGAACUGCAAGACCAGGGCCUUCUUCUGCUCUUUGUUGUGAUUGGUUAACAGUAUUGUAUCACUGUACAUGGGCCCUUGAGGAAAAUCAACAAAAUAAACUAUGUUACUGCAAGAGGGGAGGUAUAGAUACACGCUUGAAAAGAAGUGGUUAAUCAUAUCUGGCAUUUCUGUGGACAUAGUUUUUUUUAUAUAUAUAUCUAUCUAUCUAAAAACAUUUUCUUUAUUGGGAAAAGUUGUCCAGAUUCCUUGAUCUGAACAUAUUGCAAAGUAUGUUUGCAGCUUCUCAGAAGACUGAAUAAAUGCAUUACUUCCUUGGUUGGAGGUGACGCCUGAGAAAUCAGGACAGUAGAACCAUUUUUGUGUUGUAUAAAGAGUUUUUAAAUUUGCUAGUCCUCAUGAAAUUACUGAUACAGUAGAAGAUCAUAUUUGCUCAGUCCAGUCGCUGCCAGAAGUUUUGUAUUUUCUCACUUGAGCUUUGAGUGAAUAUGUGUGCAUUUCGAUUGUGUCAAAAUGAUUUUAUCAUCUUCUUUUUUUUUUUUUUUCAUUAUUGAUCAGAAUACAGUGAUAUUGUUUCUUUUGAAACCAACUUUCUGAAUCAGUGAACUCCUAAACAAAUUUCGAAAUUCCAAUCACAAGAAAACACUUUCCUAUUGCUUGGCAUUGCUAAAAUGAUUAUUUUCUUUGUUAAUUUCUCUUUGUUAAGGAGCAAUCUUUUUAAAAAUGAAAGUUAACACUUUUUAACUGUACACCUGUAUAGUGUUAUAAAUUUAAAGAGGUUUAACGAUCUCAAAUGGAAAGUUCAAAAACUGUGCUCUUUUAAAAGACUUGUAAACUUAAAGUGUCAGUGAACCCAAAACAUUAAAACUUAAUCAUAGACUCCAUAAUUCGUCACUAAGGGGGAAUAUUUAUUAAAACUGGAGCACUCCUAAUUUGGUGCAGCUGUGGAUGGUAGCCAAUUUGCUUCUGAAUUCACCUUGUUCAAUUAAAAUUAGAUAAUAAUGCUGGCCAUACACGGGUCGAAUGUCGAAAGAACUUUCUUUUGAAAAUCAGAAAAUUUUGUGCGUUUUGUGGUCCGAUGGUGCCACCAUUGAUUGCGAAAUUUGACGGACCAAACCUUCAAUUUCACCUUAUAUUCCUACAGAAAAUGUUGGUGUCUGGGAAUCUUCUUCUUUUCUUUCCGUGAAUCUUCGUUUCUUUCCAGGAAUUUUUCUUUUCUUGCACACGCGCAUUUCGAUUUAAAGUUCUCACACGAUUCUCCCAUCAUUGAUUAGAAAAUCGUUUGUUUUUUAAAAAAAUAUUCAACAUGUUGGAUUAUUAAAAUUCGGUGGCCGCACGAAAAUCGUCUGUUCCUUCAGCCCACUAAUGGUGCGAAAUACGAACGAAAAUCCUUGGAUAAGAUUUUCAAAAGAAAGUUCUUUCGAAAUGCGACCCGUGUAUGACCAGCAUAAAACCUGGAAGCUGAUUGUUUUUUAUGCAGAGCUGCACAAGAUUUUGCACUCUUCAGUUGUAGUAAACCAGCCCCUAUGUGUGCUGUUGCUUUCUAUUAAAAAUCUAGUUUGGGUUGUAUUAUCUGCCAGUACAUUAGAGUCCCUUCCUCGGAGCGGCCACAUUAUUGCAGUAGAUACAGAUUUCUGCAUUGCCCCUACAUACUCCAAAAUUCAUUGUGAGGAAGCCUUGAAUGUCCUUUUCCCUCCCCAACUAUACACGUGACCCUCCUACACGUCAUGCGAGGUGGCUCAAUGACCGUGAUUGACAGCAAAGCACCUCUUUUCACGUGUCGUUUUUUGCCCAAGUGACCAUCGUAACCAUGCACUUCAAUAAAACGCCACUCAAUGUAUUUCAAUAAAAUCAAGCCUUGCAUCCACGUUCUUCUUAUUUUUUUAAAUAAAUUUAUUCCAAUUUUUAUUUGCAUGUGUACCCUGCAGAGUUCAUAUGUGGUCAUUUGGCAAAACGUUCAAUAAAAAUAAAAUAAAAACGCUUAAAAAAAAAUAAACAUGGAAGCAAUGCUUGGUUUUAUUGAAGCUCAAGGUCGUGUAGGCAGGGAUGUAACUAGGAAGGACUCUGCUGUCGGUCACGUUCACUGAGCUGUGUUGCAAGACAGGAGUGUCAGGGGAGUCUGAGGGUAUUUAAAAAAUAUAUAUAUAAUAAUUGUCCAAGAAUUUUAAAGUGAGCACUCCUUUAAUGGGUUAUUUGUCACUUGGUUACUCUGGAAUUUUUUUAAAUGUAUUUAUAUUUUUUUUUUUACAAUCGGUCUCAUGACCACCAAGGCACGAAUUAUGGUCGUGUGUGGAGCAGGGCAAGUAACACCGCAUAAUGCAGUGACGUGUGCAUGACACAUCACAAGCUUAAAUUGUGCUCCGCACACACAUUUCUUAUUGGUUGCUGAAGAACUUACAAACCAACCAACAAAGGAUCUAAAAUAAAGUAUUUACUAGCAUUCAUAAA